AAACAUAACCUAGAAGUUUUCUUUCUAACAUUUCGCAUGCUGCGUCGUGUUUGUGUUUAUAGAGUGCAGCAUUUUUGUGCGGUGCAUUUUCAGUUUAGAAAUAUAAUAAACACAUCAUUUCGUUCCUAAAAAUAUAAUACAGGUAUCAAAAUGCCGAAGGUUCGAAGUGCAUCCGGUCCUCCCCGUAAGCAGGGCUUCAACCACUCCAAUCACUCCAUGAAUCCGGAGCGCCCCAAAUCUGGGCUGAAAGGUGUAGCAAAUCCACGAACGCAAGGCACUAUCAAGCGAUUGCAAAUGUAUCGCAACUUCAAAGCAAAGCGUGAUCGUCGAGGAAAAAUCAUUACACCAGCGCCAUUUCAGGGACGUCUCCCAUCUGGUACGAUGGCACGAGUAGAGCCUUCCCCAAAAUGGUUUAGUAACUCGCGGGUUAUAUCGCAAAGUGCACUUCAAAAAUUCCAAGAUGAAAUUGGAAAAGCAGUCAAAGAUCCAUAUCAAGUGAUAAUGAAGCCAUCACAGUUGCCGAUUACUCUGCUCAAUGAAGCAAGCAAAUAUAAACGUGUACAUUUACUAGACACGGAAAGUUUCGACAGCACAUUCGGCCCGAAGAAGCAACGCAAACGUGUUAAUUUGAGAGUUCGGGAUCUAGAAGAUUUAAGUCGAAGCGCAGAAGUGCAGGCGGAAAGUUAUGAUGAAACGAAAGAUGUAGACUUGGUGCGUGAAGAUACGGGCGAAAAAGAUGCACAACGCGAUUGGAUAUUUGCCGCUGGACAGAGUCGUCGUAUAUGGAACGAAUUGCACAAAGUAGUUGAUUCUUCGGAUGUUUUACUGCAGGUGCUUGAUGCACGUGAUCCAAUGGGAACCCGUUCCAAAUACAUAGAACAAUUUUUGCGUAAAGAAAAACCGCAUAAACAUUUGUUCUUCAUUUUGAAUAAAGUUGAUUUGGUGCCAGUUUGGGUAACGCAGCGCUGGGUAGCCAUACUGAGUGCUGAGUACCCAACGAUUGCUUUCCAUGCGUCCAUGCAGCAUCCUUUCGGAAAAGGUGCACUUAUUAACCUUUUCCGUCAGUUGGGCAAAUUGCACAUGGAUAAGAAGCAGAUCAGCGUGGGAUUUAUAGGUUACCCAAAUGUAGGCAAAUCUUCCGUUAUUAAUGCACUGCGUUCCAAGAAAGUUUGCAACGUUGCGCCCAUUGCCGGUGAAACAAAAGUGUGGCAGUAUAUUACUUUAAUGAAACGUAUAUUCCUAAUCGAUUGUCCUGGUGUAGUCUAUCCAUCAGCUGAAACAGACACCGAAAAGGUCCUGAAAGGGGUUGUACGCGUUGAACUGGUUACAAAUCCUGAAGACUAUGUAGAGACAGUUUUGCAGCGUGUACGCAAAGAAUAUAUUCAGAAAACUUAUAAAGUUGAAAGCUGGACAUCCUCAAUGGACUUUUUGGAGCAAUUGGCAAAGAAAUCUGGCAAAUUACUGAAAGGUGGAGAGCCUGAUAUAACUGUCACAUCUCGUAUGGUAUUGAACGACUGGCAGCGCGGUAAGCUGCCAUUUUACGUUACACCUGAGGGAUUUGAGACUCCAAAAUCACAAGCCGAUAAGUCACAAAACAGCAACGAAGGCGAAACCUCUAAGCAAAUCGAUCAAGAAGACGAUGACGGCAAAUCGGAGGCACCAACGUUCGUAAGCGAGUCGGUUAAGAAAGCCAGAGAAUUCAAACAGUUGCAAGAUUUCCGAAAAAUCAAAGUCGGUAUUGAGUUUGAAGCGAAUGAUGUGCGGGAGUUGGACAAAAUUGAUUUGGAAAUGCUGGAAAAGCAAAAAGCCGAACGACUGGAACGUAAAAAACAACGACAGCAAAACCCAGAUGAUGAAGAAGAUUCUAGUGACGGUGCUAGUGAGUUCUAUUCUGAAGAUGAGUACGAUGAGGAUCUAGAACGAGUUGUGCACAAAAAAGCCAUUGUAAAACGCAAAGAGAGUGUCGCUAUAACGGCCUCUGGCAAAUUUAAAGUGGAACCGGAUGUUGGUGACGAGAGUGAUGAUGAAGGAAACCACCAACCAAAAGCUAAAAAACGACUAACAGCUAAAGAGAAACGUGCAGUAGAACGCAGUCAAAAGCGCAAAAAAAUUGGCAGUAAUUUCUAUGAAGUAACCAAUGUAAAAAAUCGUAAUCGAAAUAAGAAAAAAGACGCAUAAAAUUUAAAAUACACAUAAUGUAAAUUUUAUGUAAUCGUGAAAAUUUGUAAUAAAAUUGGGGUGACUUUUUAAACAUA